AUGUUCUGUACACGAACUUGCGUUCGCCAGACGUCUCGCAGCUGUGCAGGGACCUGUUCACAGCGGCUUUUAGCAAGCUGGAGCGCCGCAUGGGGGGAAGGGGUGAGCGAGGAGGCAGCGAUUGCUACCUUCCUCAAUCCGCGCCUCAAGACUGCGACCUUCAGGCUUAGGGCCCAGGGGGCGAGGAUUAGCGCGCCCAUUGUGGUGGAGGCGGGGGGCCAUGCCAGGGGGGCCAGGGCACUCAACCUGGACGAGGAGAGGGUGAAGGCGCUGAUACGCGAGCGCCUUCCACCGUACCAAGCAGCGGCCCGUGCAGCGGCAGAGGCACGCUUCGGGGGUGAGGUCACGAGCGCUAGGAGAGUGGCGGAGCAGGGCAUGGCAGUGGUCGGGGCUGCAGGGCGUAGGGGGGCUAGGUCGCGUGGCGUGCUCGACUUUCAGGCUAUGCCGUUUGCUGAGCUAGCAGAGAUGGAGGCGGAGGAAGGCGUGCGGGCACAGGACGAGGUGGACCAGUACUUGGCUGAGGCGAGGCAGGAGGGUGGGUGCUCCUUAGUGUACUGGCGCGGGAGGGAGCAGCAGCUGCCCGGGCUUAGGGCCAAGGCACGCGAUUUUCUGGGUAUCCCCGUCACGUCUGCGGCGAGUGAGCGAGCAUUCAGUCAGAGCAGGAAUAUCAUAUGGUGGCAGAGGCGUCGUCUGAGCCCACAGCAGAUGCGUGCGGCCAUGAUGAUCAACACAUGGCACGAUCACCACCCUGGACAGAGGCUUGAGAUUUGUGGUGGCACUAGGACUAUGCUGGCACAGCUGUGCCUUAAGGCAGAGCAGCUGGGGUUGUGA